GAGAUCCAAUCGUCUCUUCUGUAAUCAAUCAAGUCAUGGAAAGAUCCACGUCUCUUGCAGCACAAGAUUUCGCGGUCCUAUGGGGCCUCAAGGCCGAUCUCCGCUCUCUGCGCACCAUUUUUACUCAGAUCCAACCGCUACUGGCCGAUGCUGAAGCCAAACAGAGGAAGAACAGAGCUUUACAGGAUUGGCUCAGGAAGCUCAGAGCUGCAUCUUUCGAAGUCGAAAACGUCUUGGAAGAGGUCUCUACCGAAGCUUUGCUGCGACGGCUUCACGUCGAAAGGGGAAUCCGAAACAAAGUAAGCACAUUCUUCUCCGCUAGUAAUCCGCUCAAAUUUCGUAUCAGGAUGGUUCAGAAAGUCAAAGACAUCAAAGAAUUGUUGGAUGCUAUUGCUGCUGAGAGAAUCAAUUUUGAAUUGAAAGAAGGUAUUACUGAUUUAGAAGUUGUUGCUGAUAUCGAUACAAGGUCAAUUAGCUCCAUCGAUUCUGAGAUUGUAGGAAGAGAUGAGGAGAAAGAAAUGAUUGUUGAGAAGAUAUGCAACAGUUUGAACAGUCUAGAUCAUGGUUUGGUUCAUGUCCAUGCCAUAUGGGGCGUGGGUGGUUUGGGUAAAACCACACUUGCUCAGCUAAUUUACAAGGAUUCAAGGGUACAUAAGCUGUUUGACUUAAAACUAUGGUUGCGUGUAUCCAAUGAUUUUAGCAUCGCAAGCAUUACUAGAGAAAUUUUGAAGUCUAUAGAAGGGGAUUCGUCCAGUCUCUCACAUAUGGAACUGGAACCGUUGCAACAACGGCUCCAAGAGAAGUUACAGAGGAGGAGAUUCCUCCUGGUUUUGGAUGGCGUUGAAAACGAAAACAAGGAGAAGUGGAAUGGAUUGAUGGAACCAUUAAAGCAUGGAUGUAGAGGCAGUACUGUUAUGGUAACAACUAGAAGCAAGAAAGUUGCUGAUAUGAUGGCUACCCUUCCUGCAUUAGUACAUCCACUGGGUUCUUUGUUGGAAAAUGAUUCUUGGCUGUUAUUCAAGAGUUAUGCAUUUAGCAUUCAAAGGGACCUAGAUAGAAUAGAGUUGGAGACAAUUGGCACAGCAAUUGUGAAGAGAUGUGAGGGUUUGCCUUUAGCAGUGAAGGUCAUAGGAAGCUUAAUGUGCCUCAAAAACAGCAUAAGUGAGUGGUCGUCUGUGCUGCACAGUGAAGUUUGGGACUUGGCCGAUGAGGGAAGUCAUAUCUUACCAUCUUUGAAAUUAAGCUAUGAUAACUUGCCUCCACACAUGAGACAAUGCUUUGCUUUGUGUUCUAUAUUCCCAAAAGACCAUGAAAUGGAUAAGCAGUUGUUGGUAGAGCUUUGGGUGGCUUAUGGGUUUGUUCCAUCGAGAGGAGAUGCUGAUUUGUAUGAUUUGGGGGAAGAAAUCUUUAAUGCUUUGGUUUGUAUGUUCUUCUUGCAAGAUGUCAAAGAAUGCAUUUUUGAGGGUACUACGACGUGUAAAAUGCACGAUGAAAUGCAUGCACUUGCACAAUCCGUUAUGAAAUACGAAUGUUCAAGUAUAGUGCCUGGUGAAGUACUGAAAUGCCCAGAAGAGAUUCUUCAUUUGUCUUCUAAUGACAUCUUACAUUUAUCAAAUGAGGUGAUGGCGAAAGCAAAAUCCUUACGAUCCCUGGUUACUUUGGGGGGUUUUUCUGGAGUUCCUACCACUCACUGCAUCUUUGAGCAGAGAUACCUCAGAGUAUUGCAUUUAGGGACAAGUUCCCAUAUGCUAACAGAUUUGCCGGAGUCAGUUGGAAAUCUAAAGUUUCUUAGGUAUCUUAACAUCUCACGCUCAAAAAUAGUUGUUUUACCAAAGUCCAUCGUUCAACUCCAAAACCUGCAGACUCUGAAACUGACUUUUUGUGAACAUCUCUCUGAGUUACCUGAAGGUAUCAGAUACAUGAGAAAUCUUCGUCAUUUGAAUAUACAUGGGUGUUGUUCUCUUGAUCAUAUGCCCCAUGGAAUGGGACAGUUACGACACCUGCGAAGACUCAGCACAUUUCUUGUGGGUCAGGGGGAGGGAGUCAGAAUAAGCGAGUUGCAAGAGUUAAAUCUUCUAGGAGGAGAGUUUAGCAUAAAGAGCCUUAUGAAUGUAAGGCAUUCGUCCCAAGCAGAGAGUGCUAACCUGAAGAAGAAACAGAAUAUAAAUCACUUAAAUCUAUCUUGGGGUUGGAAGAACAGCAGCAAAGACAACUUACCAGCAAACAAUUCAGAAGAGGUUUUAGAGGCUCUUCAACCACAUUUGAAUUUGAAGAUGCUAACAAUAUCCGACUAUCAAGGCUCACAUUUUCCAUAUUGGAUGGUGGGUUUGGUCAAUCUGGUUAGUAUUGCAUUUGAAGGUUGCAGAAGAUGCGAAGAUCUGGCUUUUCUUGGGAAACUACCAUUUCUUAAGGUUCUUGAACUGAAAGAGAUGGAUGCUCUUAGAUAUCUAGAUGAUAAGGAAGGCGACGAUGAAGACCUAUUUCCAUGUUUGGGGAAAUUAACCAUAAUGGACUGCCCCAAUUUGAUUGAAUUGCCUUGUAUUCCCAAUCUGACAUCAUUGCAAAUAAUCAGAAGUAACGAGAAGAUUUUUAGGUCAGUGGGGAAGCUCACUACUCUUGCCUUCUUUGAAAUUGAGGGCUUUGAAGAGAUGAAGUCGCUUCCAGAUGACAUGCUUAGCAAUCUAACAUCCCUGCAAGAAUUCUCUCUUGACAACUGUGUUAAGUUAGAAAGUUUUCCGGGACUGAAAGAGAACACUAGGCUUAAUGGUUUAAAGAAACUUCGUGUACAUCAUUGUCAUAGCCUUACUUCCUUUCCUUCGGAUUGGUUUCAGGGCACCCCCAAUCUCAGAUCAUUAAAUAUUUUGGAUUGUUCAAGAGUAAAAACUUUACAAGAGGGAUUGCAGCAUCUAACAGCUCUGGAGAAAUUGCAAGUUUGGAGUUGCCCAAAUCUGAGGUGCUUACCAGAUGAGUUACAAAAUCUUGAAUCACUGAAAUCUCUGGUUAUUGGGGACUGUGAACUAGUGAAGGUAAGGUGUGAGAAAGAGAGAGGUGGGGAUUGGUCUAAAAUUGCUCAUCUUCCCUACAUUAAGAUUGAUGAUCAAGUGAUACAGUUCUUCUGACAACAACUGAAUCAGUGAAUGUGAUGAUGGAUGUAAACAGUAAUCUUCUACUGUUCUGAAUUCAGGUGCUUCAUCAAUUAUAUUUCUGAAAUCACCAAACAUUUUGAUUCUUUACUUCCGGCUUUCUAGCAACCAGAGUUUAAGCUGCUUCUUUCUGAGAUUACUACUGUUGUUCAGAUUAGAACCCCACCAGCUGAAGCUCUAAGGUAGAUCA